AGCCCCUUCGGCUGGAGGCUCGGGUUUAUCUGGGAGCAGAGGGACAGCCAUUCAGGGGCUGAGCGCCGUCAGGUGAAGGAAGGCUCCACACGAUCGCUGGGGGGGAACAGGGAAGAGACUGAACGUGGAGCAGAGGAUUUGACCUUUAUUCCUCUUAAACUCGGGUUUGCGAGGGCAAGCGGGGAGCUAUGACGGCGUUCUCUGCUCUUUGGGUGCUUUUUCUGUGCCAGCUUCUGUCAUCAUCCUCAGCCCAGAGGCCCGGCCCCAGAGGAGCCCCCGGGCCACAAGGACCCCCAGGGCAACCAGGAAGGGAUGGCACUGAUGGGAAACCUGGACCUUCUGGGCUGCCAGGGAAAGCUGGCCCUAAAGGGAAAGCAGGAAUCCCAGGAGGACCAGGAAAACCAGGUCUGCCAGGACUUCCAGGAAUUGACGGUUUGACUGGGCCCGAUGGCCCUGCUGGGAAAGACGGACCGCCAGGGGAAGCAGGUGAAGCGGGCCCACCAGGGCCACCUGGGCCUCCUGGCAGGGGGAGACCAGGAGCCCCGGGAUUACCUGGAACCAAUGGGCUGCCGGGCGGAGCCGGACCUCAGGGACCAGCAGGUCCAGAGGGUCUUCCAGGACUUCCAGGACCUCCUGGCCCUGAUGGACCCCCAGGGCUUCCUGGUUCUCUUCAAGAUCUGACUGGUGACCUUCUGUGUCCUGCUAUCUGCCCUCCUGGUCCCCCCGGCCCGCCCGGGAUGCCAGGAUUUAAGGGACACACUGGACACAAAGGAGACAAAGGAGAGCUCGGAAAAAACGGAGAGAAGGGGGAUCAGGGUCCACCCGGACAACCGGGUAUUCCAGGAACCGUUGGUCUGCAAGGCCCACGUGGUCUGCGAGGUCUACAAGGCCCAAUGGGACCUGCGGGCGACAGAGGCCUCCCGGGUUUCAGAGGCAAGCCUGGCGUAGCUGGAAUCAUUGGAAAGACAGGCGAUGUUGGGGAAAAAGGGCCGCAGGGAUUUAAGGGACCUAAAGGAGAAAUUGGUAAGAUUGGUCCCAAAGGAGCUCUGGGGGGAGCAGGACCCAAAGGAGAGCCUGGUAUACCUGGAAGAGAUGGGAAGGAUGGAACACCAGGGCUGGAUGGCGAGAAGGGGGAUCCUGGACGGCAUGGAGUAGUUGGAGAGAAAGGACCAAAUGGACUUCCUGGUUUGCCUGGAAAAGCUGGAGCAAAGGGGUCAAAAGGACCAGCCGGUGAUCCGGGGAAGCCUGGGGAGCAAGGACCAUCUGGAGAGCCAGGUAUUCCUGGGGAUAUUGGCGUGCCAGGAAACAGGGGGAUAGCAGGUCCCAGAGGAGUGGCUGGAGGUAUUGGACCAGAAGGCACUUCUGGGCCUCAGGGAGUAAAAGGCUUCCAGGGAGUAAAAGGAGCCUUGGGCGACCCAGGUCUUCCAGGGCCAACAGGACUCCGUGGAGAGUUUGGUGACAGAGGUCCAGUUGGAGUUUCUGGAGCAAAGGGAGAAAUGGGCGUGGCAGGAAGUGAUGGUUUACCAGGAGAGAAUGGAGAACCUGGUCCGUUUGGGCCAGUUGGACAAAAAGGAGAGCCAGGGAAGAGAGGUGAACUGGGGCCCAAAGGCGUGACAGGUCCACAAGGCGAGAUUGGGUCAAGAGGGCCUCCAGGAAAACCAGGACCAAUGGGCUUCCAAGGGGAACAGGGUCUGCCGGGAAUUGCAGGAAAGACAGGAGUACCAGGCAAACUGGCAAGUGAGCAGCACAUCAGAGAGCUGUGUGGUUCCAUGAUUGAUGACCAGAUUGCACAGCUAGCGGCUAAUCUGCGAAGACCCCUGGCACCUGGAAUGGUGGGGCGCCCCGGCCCCGCAGGUCCCCCAGGAGAGCCAGGGGUUGCUGGUUCUGUCGGGCACCCAGGUACGCGUGGACCACCAGGAUACAGAGGACUGCCGGGAGAACUUGGAGAUCCAGGUCCCAGAGGUGAUGUUGGUGAGGCAGGUGAUAAGGGACCCGUUGGCAAAGCCAUUGAUGGACCCCCGGGAGACCAAGGGCAACAAGGUCUUCCCGGAGUGCCUGGAAUUGUCAAAGAUGGCCGUGAUGGGUCUCCAGGAGAUCCGGGUGAGACUGGAGAGCCUGGCAGGACAGGCAGGACUGGACAUCAGGGUCCUCCUGGGAUCUGUGACACGUCAGCCUGCCAGGGACCGUCAGUGGCUGGGAAAUCCUCCAACCCCAAAAACAAUUAAACCUGACUUCCUGCAGCCUGACUGAUCCACUUUUAGGAGGGGGGGUGUUAACAUGAGGAGGAGAGGAAUGACACAACAGAACGCUCACAACAAGUCCUCUUUAUUUAAAUACGUGUAUCAGAAGGGAGGAAUAACAUCUACAAGUGUGAAUGGAGGAACAUCCCCAGAGUGACAAGAACACCAAAGCAACUAAGAGACCCAAAAACAUGCAGGUAACAUCUUGAAAUAAAGCGAUCAGGCAAGGAAAAGUGCAACAGAACAGCUGUAUUGACUCAAACGUGUCCCACAACAACUGGCAUUAAGUUUGUAAAUGUUGUUUCGAUGCUCCAUUUGUUUCGGUUAUCAUCAUUGCGGCAGACGACAACCUGACAGCAACCGUGACUGUCUCUGAUGUGAACGGCCCUAUCACACCGCUUAUUGUGUAAAUCACAGGUGUUACCUCAAUAUACAAAACUGGACAUUGGUGCUGGAGCUGUAAAUGUACUCUCCCAGGUGCCCAGAAAUUUUGUAGAAUAAUGCAAAAAAGAUUUAACUACUUUUUUUUACAGUUUUUUUUUUUAAAUAUAUAUAUAUAACUUGUCAAGUAAAGUUAAUUGACUAAAGCUGAGAAUCACAAACAGGAUAAGACUUGUGGAUGCAUAAAUCGGACAUGUAUAAUUCAUUUAAAAAAUUAGGAACUGUUAAAAAUCUUUUUUUUUUUUUGUUUUUCAAUCUACAAUGACCACAUCCACUGUAUACCGCCGGUGCUGUAACAAUUAAAUAUAAAUUACUUUAAAUACUA